AUGGCUUCAAACCACGAACACUCCUCUGUGGAGGCUAAUGGAGACGCCAAAGCGCAGCACCGUAUGUCUAUCAAAUACGAUGCUACUCGGGUGCAGUAUGGCUGCCACAGCAGACCCCUUCGAGGCCUGAUGUCGACACCCAAAUCGGUCACUUUCGAGGGGCGCUUUGGUCGUAUGUUUCCCCACUGCCUGUCACCCGCAUCCUUCGGCACUACCGAUACUGCCAGCCGUCAGGCACUGGAGGUGCUCGCCAUCAAGAUGGUCCCACCGGAGGGCGAUCCGCCAAAAGAUGGAGCAGAUUCUGAGGAGAGUGCAAUACCUGCUCUUUACACCUACCUGGGCCAGUUCGUUGACCAUGACAUCACGUUUGAUCCCGUCACAACUUUCCAAUGUCACUUCGAUCCAGACGGCCUCACUGACUUCCGCACGCCUGCUCUUGAUCUUGACAAUCUCUAUGGUCGAGGACCCAGCGAUCAGCCGUAUCUGUACGACUUCGAAGGCAGCAAGGGUACCAAGUUUCUGCUGGGCGAGCACAUCAAGAACAAAUUCGACAAAAAGCAGCGCGACCUUCAGCGCAAUGCUCAAGGGCGUGCAUUGAUUGGCGACCCACGCAAUGACGAGAACAGCAUUAUCUCCCAGUUUCACGCCGUUAUGCUGAGGUUCCAUAACAAAGUCGUCGACAAGAACCCGCACCUGGACAACAGUGCCGGCUUCCCCGAGCUUCAGCGCAUUGUUCGCUGGCACUACCAAUGGGUCGUGGUCCACGACUUUCUCGAGCGUAUCAUUCAACCAAAGGUCCUGGAAGGACUCAAGACAGGCGACUUCUACGACAAGAGCAAGCUCAAGUUCUACAAGCCCAAGCACCAGGCCUUCAUGCCGGUAGAGUACUCCGCCGCAGCGUACCGCUUGGGCCAUUCGAUGGUCCGCCCUGGCUAUCGCAUGAACGACGACGACGCCUUGCCCUUCUCCAUCUUCCCGGACCUUAGUGACACUUCACCGGACUCGAAUUUUGGCCUGACAGGAUUCCGCAAGAUUGAAGCCGAUCGCGCCAUUGAUUGGGCGCGCUUCAUCGACAUCGAGCUGCGCCCAGCCGGGAAAGCAGAAGCGAAUGAAGCCGAGCGCAAGAAACGCCUGCAACUGGCCUAUCGCAUUGACGUUUCCGUCGUGAAGCCGUUGUCUACCCUCCCGAAAGUCGUCGCUGAAGACAGCCCCAAUCCCUCCCGCACCGCAACCUCCUGCGCGGCUACCUCCUCGGUCUCCCCAGCGGCCAGGCCGUCGCGCGUGCAAUGGGACGAUGCCAUCCCCACCGAAGCCGAACCCAAUCCCAAAAACAAAUUGAAGUCCAUCAGCGAAAUACCGGAACUCGCUAUUUUCAAGGACAACACGCCGCUCUGGACGUACAUCCUCGCCGAAGCCGCCCUAUAUACCAAAGAGAAUCCCGUCGCUACUUCAGACAAGGGGAUCGUCAAUGUCAGAAGCCCGAAACUGGGUCACGUGGGUGGCAGGAUCGUGGCGGAGACGAUUCUGGGCAUGCUGUUUGCGGACAAGAGUUCAUUUCUGUAUGCUAAUCCAACGUGGACUCCCACUAUCACGGAACGAGCUCUGCCGGGUACGGAGAAGGAGGUUUUCAAAUUGCGAGAUCUUGUGGCUUAUGCAAUCCGUGAUUGA